AGCCGCUCAGCCCGAGCCGCUCGCUGGGGCCGGGUGGGUGGCAGUCACGACUGUGCGGUCGCAGGCGAGGUGGCCGCGGGCGCGGAGGGGCGGCGAGCGCGCUCCCCGCGCCUGCGGACGUGCGGGGAGGUGGGCAGGACACCGGCCCGGGCCCGGGCAGGGGCGAGGCCGGGGAGGGCAGGCGAACCGGCGCCCCGGCGUGGAUGGGAGUUCCCGGGACCCGGAGCUGAACCGUAGGCAGGACGCGCCGGAGGCAGGCGAGCCUCACGGUCCCUCCCGCAGCCCAGCAGCGUUCCCGCGCGGCCGCGAUGAUCCCCCCGAGCGGCGCCCGAGAGGAUGGCGUGGACGGGCUGCCCAAGGAGGCGGCGAGCGCCGAGCAGCCGUCCUCUCCUGCAUCCACCAGCAGCCAGGAAUCCAAGCUCCAGAAACUAAAACGAUCACUUUCUUUCAAGACCAAGAGUUUACGGAGCAAAAGUGCUGACAACUUCUUCCAGCGAACCAACAGUGAUGUGAAGCUACCAGCGGACAUGCUGGCACAAGUCAGCCCCAGCUCCAGCCCACUGCCUUCACCUGGAAGCCCGACAUCCACACCCACCAGAGCUGGCCUGCAACCCAACAGUGGCAAGGCGCAUGCCUUUCAGGAGCACAUCUUCAAGAAGCCCACUUUCUGUGAUGUCUGCAACCACAUGAUAGUGGGAACAAAUGCUAAGCACGGACUGCGCUGCAAAGCCUGUAAGAUGAGCAUCCACCACAAGUGCACAGAUGGCCUAGCACUCCAGCGAUGUAUGGGCAAGCUGCCAAAGGGGUUUCGGCGUUACUACAGCUCCCCCUUGCUCAUCCAUGAACAAUUUGGAUGCAUUAAAGAAGUUAUGCCUAUUGCCUGUGGCAAUAAAGUGGACCCCGUCUAUGAGGCCCUCCGUUUCGGCACCUCCCUGGCCCAGAGAACAAAGAAGGGAAGCUCUGGCAGUGGCUGUGAAUCGCCUCACAGAACCUCGACUUCAGAUCUCGUGGAAGUUCCCGAAGAAGUCGAUGGGCUAGGAGAAGGGUAUGACCUAAGGAAACGCAGCAACAGUGUGUUUACAUAUCCCGAAAAUGGCACCCACGAUUUCAGCGACCAAUCAAAGAACAUAAACCACCAGGGACCUCCUUCCAAAGACCCAUUACAGAUAAACACCUAUGUUGCCUUGUACAAAUUUGUGCCACAGGAGAAUGAAGACUUGGAAAUGAGUCCAGGAGACAUAAUUACUCUUCUAGAGGAUUCCAAUGAAGACUGGUGGAAAGGAAAAAUUCAAGACAGAAUUGGCUUCUUUCCAGCCAACUUUGUUCAGAGAGUACAACAAAAUGAGAAGAUUUUUCGAUGUGUUAGAACCUUCACUGGGUGUAAGGAGCAGGGGCAGAUAACACUGAAAGAGAAUCAGAUCUGUGUAACUUCUGAAGAAGAACAAAACGGUUUUAUCCAAGUCCUAAGUGGGAAGAAGAGAGGCCUUGUUCCCGUUGAUGUCCUGGAAAAUGUCUGAUCCCUCCUCCUUGUGCAGUAGGCAAACUCUGCUGUGAUGCUGUCUGCUCAUCUCGCUGUGUCCCCCCAGACAAGCUGCUGUACUGACCGGGACCCCCAGGAGACAGAGAGAUGGACUCGAAGACUUGCGAUUGUGAAGUAGCAGCCACAAAUCAGAGGGCCCAUCCUACAACAUAUUCAGGCUGCCCAAAGUGGGGAGCAAGCUGAGAGGCAGCUAGCUGCCCGAGCUAGGGGAAAAUCCAGUGGUAGCAGCAGGUCUGGCAGCCACAGCUGCCUCCAGGAUUAAACUUUGCCCCUGUUUGUGUGCUGUCAGACCACUGGCAUCUGCUCCAAUGUGUGAUGUGGCCCCAGUGGUGGGUUCAGAUCUGUCUAGCCAAGGGUCAUUCUGGUUCUAGACAUUUGUCCCUAGUAUUAGCCAAUCAUCACAACACAGAAUCCAAGCAUUCUCUCUGCAGUGAAUCAGAAGGCCUCCUUGCCAGCUCUGCUGUCCAGGGCUCAUUUCCAGGCCCUACUUACUUUGUGCUUUAUUGAUUGUUCUUCAUUUCUUUUGAGUCCUGCAAGUAAGUCCCAGUAACAUGUACUAAAUGCAAAGGCUCAAUUGACUUGGCACCAACUGCCAAUGUCUGACCUGCCCCAAAACUGCAAACAGUUCAUGCCUGGUUGGUUAACAAUAGAGGUAACGUAGCAGGAUCUGGGCAUAAGUAUAAGCAGGGAGGGGAAGUAGGGUAAGAAGGUAUAAAGAACCCUUAUUUAUGGAUAUAAAAACUUCUCCUGAAGGAGAUGGAGCUGGCAAAGGGAGUGUGGCAAAGUCUCCAUUCUCGUAUCUUCCCAAUUGGGAAUGGCAUUCUCCCUCAUGCCAUCCUGUAGGACUGUAUUUUGGAGGGUUAGCCCAUGCUUUAGGGAACCAGAAACAUGGAGGGUAACCAACAGCAGCAUCCUAGAAGAAAUGUAGCCACAUUGGAACCCAUUCUUCUUUAGGGCAGUAUAUUAUACUCUGGCAGUAUAUUAUACUCUGGUAAAAAGGAACAGAAUCCUUAAUGUUUCAUCUUUUUAAAGUAGGAAACAUGGGGUCUACUUAGCAUCAUCUAGAGAAAUCUCUAUUACCCUGUACCUGUACUGAUGUUUACAAGAAUACAAUAUACUGUGAUGCCUUCCUCCUCAAGCCUGUUUCUUGCAUUCAAACUUGCAUCCUAGUAGUCAUGACUAUGUUUAAACUUCAAUUCUCAGAGAUCUUGAAAUCAUUGUCAGUUUGAUUUAUUUUGUUACAAAGCAAUAAAAUCAUUAGAACAAUCAUUUUUAAAAGACUUAAGUGGAUGCAUCCUGUGCAUGUAAACAUUAUUUCCCAACCAAAGCAUCAUUAGUCUUCAUUUAUUUCUUUUGUCACUACUCAGCAUGCAGUUAGGGGCUAAGAUGUAGUAGCUGCUGGCUUCACAGCGGUUCAGAUGCCUUACUAUCAUUGUAAAACCGACAUCCAGAAUUUCCUCCCUAUCGGGUGCAACACACACAAGCAGACGUACAAAGUCAAGAUGGAUUGUUUGACAGCCCAUGUAGAUAACAUGACUGCCUUUUUAUAAAAUUGUAUGCUAAAUACCAACAUUCUUUGCCUCUAAUUCAAUUUUUCAUUUAAUAAAGACAACACAGUGGCUAGAAGGAGCAGAGAUAA